AUGGACCUGGCACACGCUCAGCAAGUGCUGCAGCAAAGAAAAAUAACACAAAGUGUUUAUUUGAUGAUCUUACUUUUGUAUCUCAGAUUAAUGUUUCCUCUUGCAACUGGAAUUUUUAUGGAGAAGCUUACCAGCAAGUAGCUGUGUACUGAUGAUGUACUGUACACCAAUUCCCUUGCCAGAGCAGAAGAGAAUUAUAAUGCUUCAGACUGCAGAUUCAUUAAUAUUAAGAAGGGCCAAUUGAUUUAUGUUUACUCAAAACUAAUGAAUGAAAAAGACUCUGGAGAGUUCUGGCCUGCAAGUAUAAGAGUUUAUGGAGAACAUUAUGAAGGCCAUAUGGGGACAGCUGGUUAUUUCCCUAGCAGUUUAGUGUCAGAACAACAUGUCUAUCAAGAAGCAAAUAAGACUGUUCCUACAAGGCAUAUCACAGAUGCUCAGGAAUCCAAUCUUUGGGCCUUUAUACAGGCAAAUAACCUCAAUAAAAUCCCUAACAUUGAUACAACUGAUACAGCAGACAUUGUAAAUGUUGCAAUAAAGACUUGA